AUGGGAAUGGGAAGUGGAAGCCGAGAUGGUGCCCGCAUUGGACGUGGACCGGGCGGCAUGUCGUGGCAGAUGCAGGACGGCCACUGUCCGGUGACAGAGCCACAGAGCGAGGAGAGACGGGUCUCGACAAGACCUCGAACAAGCUGUGCUGUGUUUGUGCGAUUCAGUGUGUGGGCAAAGCAGCCGUUUGUUGUCAUUGCAGCGGUGGGCGGAUAA